CAAGGCACUCUGCUGCAAAGCACUAACGGAAAGAACGGGGGUGCGCGUUCGUUGGGUUGGCGUUGGCGUUGGUGAUCUUGAAGCACUGCAGCACUAAAUCGACGCGCUGCAUCCUCGAAACAUUAUUCUGCAAAGAAUUUGACUCGCUCGUUGGUGAAGAAAAGCUUGAAUAUGCGUGAGUGUCUCUCAGUCCAUGUGGGCCAGGCAGGUGUCCAGAUCGGCAAUGCGUGCUGGGAGUUGUACUGCCUUGAGCAUGGCAUCCAGCCCGAUGGCCAGAUGCCCUCAGACAAGACCGUUGGGGGUGGCGACGACAGCUUCAGUACAUUCUUUAUGGAGACUGGUGCCGGCAAACAUGUGCCACGAGCAGUGUUUGUCGAUUUGGAACCAACAGUCGUGGAUGAAGUUAGGACUGGGACAUACAGACAACUCUUCCACCCUGAACAGCUGAUCACUGGCAAGGAGGACGCAGCUAACAAUUAUGCUCGUGGUCAUUACACGAUCGGCAAAGAGAUUGUGGAUAUUGUAUUGGACCGUAUCCGCAAGCUAUCAGAGCAAUGCACUGGACUGCAGGGCUUCUUGAUUUUCCAUUCAUUCGGUGGUGGUACUGGAUCUGGGUUUACAUCACUGCUCAUGGAACGCCUUUCUGUAGACUACGGAAAGAAGAGUAAAUUGGAGUUUGCAAUUUACCCAGCCCCACAGAUUUCUACAGCUGUUGUGGAGCCUUACAAUUCAAUUCUUACCACUCACACAACUCUGGAGCACUCGGACUGUGCUUUUAUGGUUGACAAUGAAGCCAUCUAUGACAUUUGCCGCCGCAAUUUGGAUAUCGAACGUCCGUCAUACACAAAUCUGAAUCGAUUGAUUGGACAGAUUGUUUCAUCCAUCACUGCCUCUCUGAGAUUCGAUGGUGCCCUCAAUGUGGAUCUGACUGAGUUCCAGACCAACUUGGUUCCCUACCCUCGCAUCCACUUCCCCCUUGUCACCUACGCCCCAGUGAUUUCUGCAGAGAGGGCUUAUCACGAGCAAAUAUCAGUCUCUGAAAUAACCAAUUCUUGCUUUGAACCGGCCAACCAGAUGGUUAAAUGUGACCCCCGCCAUGGAAAGUAUAUGGCAUGUUGUAUGUUGUACCGUGGUGAUGUUGUUCCAAAGGAUGUCAAUGCUGCUAUUGCAGCCAUUAAGACUAAGCGGAGUAUUCAGUUUGUUGAUUGGUGCCCGACUGGUUUCAAAGUAGGCAUCAACUAUCAGCCACCUACAGCUGUGCCUGGUGGUGACCUGGCUAAGGUAGCCAGGGCAGUUUGCAUGCUGUCCAACACAACAGCGAUUGCUGAGGCUUGGGCUCGUCUGGAUCACAAGUUUGACUUGAUGUACGCCAAACGAGCAUUUGUUCACUGGUAUGUUGGAGAAGGUAUGGAGGAAGGAGAAUUCUCUGAAGCUCGUGAGGACUUGGCAGCAUUAGAAAAGGACUAUGAAGAAGUUGGCAUGGACUCAGUUGAAGGAGAAGAGGAGCAAGAAGAGUAUUAAUUUUGCUCAUUUUCUCUUAGUUUCUACUGUGUUAUUUUUUAGGUUCUUUUUUGUUUGACAUGGUUGUUAAUAAAUACAUCUUUCCUCUAUAA